UGCUGCCGCAGACCGCGCUGUGCAGGAGGAGCGCGACUCCGACGUACUUUCGCCACCAAGCGGCUUCGUCCAGUGUUCAGCUCAAAAGUUUUUAACAACAAUUCGCUUCCGGAAACAGCGGAAGAAAGUCAGAAUCCGACCCGAGGGGAUUAGAUCUUCUUGGGAGAGGAAUUCAGUUGUGUUCUGCACCUGAAAGGUCCAGUUUGGUGGAAUGUUUAAAAGACUGGAACCAAAUUGGAGGUUGUGAAUUGAGUUUGCUGAGUGGAUUGGACAGCAAGAUGAUGUCAAAGUGGAUCACCAUCGGUGGACAUUCUCAUGAGUUGGAGACUUAACACGGACAUUGGGCAGCCUCAUGAGUUGAAGACUUGAUGCAGAAAUCAGUCCGGCUCAGAAUAAUUGCGGUUAGUGAAUGCGCAGCAUUGUCUACAAACAUUGAUAUUCUUUUUCUUAGAAAGAAUUUAAACACUGAAAGCUUUACAUUGAUAGCUCAACAUUCAAUUUCAGUUUUGAACAUUCUGCAAUUUCCUUCCGUGGCCCACACUUCGUAAGGAGGAGAUUGUUGCAGUCGGUGACCCUCUUGGUGAAUGUGGCAUAAUGUCCAAACAGAUGGAGUUGAUCAACUUGUCAUUCCUGACAGAUAAAGAGAAUGAAGCAAUCAUGAACGUUCUCAUCCGUGAUGCGCAGUUGAAGAAACUGGAGGAUAAGCGAAUAAGAAAGUUGAAGAAUGAGCUGCUGGAAAUUCGGCGUAAAGGAGCCAAACGUGGCAGCCUGGACUACAGUGACAAGACUUGUGCUCGCUGUCAAAAGAGCCUUGGUCGCUUUGUUAAGAGUGGGCGUGUGUGCAAGCAGUGUAACCACCUGGUGUGCAAGGAGUGCGGCACUGAAGGUGUAAACCAAAUGUGGAAAUGCAACGUGUGCAUCAAAGAGUCAAAGCUGAAGAAACAGACUGGAGAUUGGUUCUUUGAAAAUCGAGCAAAAAGGCACACCAUUGAUUUUGGUAGUGAUAUUAUAAGAGCAUCACUAAAGAGGAAACAAGGGGAUGGUGUAGUAAAUAAGCGAGGGACGGCAGGGCAGGCAUUGCUACAACAGGCACUGGCGGUUGAGGCAAAGGAAAAUAUUGAGGCAAAGGCACAGCAGAAAAUUUCUCAAUAUGGAGGCAAGGUUUCUGGUGACCAGUCUGAAGCCCGAGAGGCUUCUGAUCAUCCAAGCGAUACAGAGUCCACUGGACGUGUGAGUGUCGGCAGCUACAACAAUCCACAAUUUGCCUCAAAUCACAGCACACCUAACAAUUCCAGGCGGAGUUCCUUAACUGAGAGUAACCUCGGUAAUGGGAUUGUCCUUCCCAUUCCCAGAGUCGUCAUAGGCAGCAUGACUCUUCCAGCCACGUCAACGCCAAUGGCCAUCAGCAAAGAAACUCGCACAAAAAUGCACGGCAGAAUUUCAGCGGAUGAAAAUGUUUCAGAAGGCACGUUUAAGAGAAAUGCAAAAUCUAUUCUAAAUCCCACAGAUUACAGUAAAUCAGUGAUGGAUCUUCGCGUAUCGGAUUCUGCUAACAAAGAGGAUUCCAUGGGAGACCGCAGUCGGUCAGUUCCAGGUCUCAAUGUGGAACAGGAUGAGGAGGAAGAGGAUAUUGAUAAACUGGUGACAAUCCACCGUAUGACAAAUCCUCGUCAUAGUCUCAAGAGUGGAAGUUCUGUGAGUACAAUGGGGAGCAUGGCCAGCAUCUACAGUGAAGCAGGUGACUUUGGCAAUGUUACAGUCACAGGGGAGAUCAUCUUCUUCCUCCGCUAUGACCAAAAGAAACAAGCCCUUAAUGUACACGUGAAGGAAUGCUACAACCUGGCUUACGGGGAUGAGAACAAGAAGAAAUCAAACCCCUAUGUGAAGUCUUACCUGUUACCAGAUAAAUCACGGCAAAGUAAACGCAAGACUACAAUUAAACGCAACACAACUAGCCCUAUCUACAAUGAAAUCUUACGGUAUGAAAUCAGUGAGUCGCAGUUAAUUAUGAGGACUUUGCAACUUUCUGUAUGGCACCAUGACCGCUUUGGGCGCAAUAGUUUCCUGGGAGAGGUGGACCUCUCGCUGGAUGUUUGGAAAUUCAACAGUGAAUCAGAGGAGAGACUUCCUCUUCACGGCAAGGCAAAUGAAGAGUCUGGGUAUAUCCCUCCUUACAAAGGGGAGUUGGUAAUUUCAAUAAAAUAUAUUCCAAGUACCAAAAGCGCUCCUGCAGACACGAGUAAGGGUAAGAAAGCCACAAGGUCAGUAGAGGGUGGGGAGCUCCAGGUGUGGAUUAAAGAGGCCAAGAACCUUGCACCAAUGAAAGUAGGAGGAACUUCAGACACCUUUGUCAAAGGGUACCUUCUCCCGUUCAGAACCAAAACAUCCAAGAGGAAAACUCCUGUGAUGAAGAAGACGUUGAAUCCUCACUACAACCACACCUUUAUGUACAAUGGCAUAAAAUCCGAGGAUUUGCAGCAUAUUUGUCUGGAAUUGACCGUCUGGGAUAGAGAGGCCCUGUCAUCCAAUGACUUUCUUGGAGGAGUCCGUCUUGGAUUUGGAACAGGAACAAGCAAUGGGCAGCAGGUGGAAUGGAUGGAUUCAACCGGAGAGGAGAUCAACAUUUGGAGCAGGAUGACCCAGUAUCCUGGCUCCUGGAUUGAAGGAACUCUGGCACUUCGUCCAGAUAUGACAGGAAAUAUAUAGGCAACAGAUUUGGGUCAAACAUCACAUUUGUAAAGUGUGAAAGUGGAAUAAUGUUAUCAAACUUUAAGUGCCCUAGCACAUAUUGAUAUUUGAUUCUGAAAAUAAAUCCAUACAACCUUUUCUACCAAAUUGUCCUUGAGAAAUCAAAUAUAUUUAAUUUACUCAAGAACUAGUCACAUCUUCCCGUCCCCACCAUUUUCUGCUUUCCACUGAUUUAUCUCUCCGUUCCUCUGUGGUUCACUCAUCCUUCCCCACCCAAUCCUCCUCCUCCCCAGGUACUUUCCCCCACAGCAGCAGGAGAUGCAACACCUGUCUCCACAUCUCUUCCCUCAUCUCUGUUUAGAGACCCCAAAAGCACUUCCAGGUGAGGUAGAUGUUUACUACCACCUCCUCCAACCGCUAUUGAAUUUGAUGCUCUUAAUGUGCCCUCCUCUACAUAGGUGCGAUCAAUUACAGACUGGAUGAUCUCUCCUCCAGGCCCUGCUGGAGCUCCCGGUUGCUACUCAUUUUCAUUCACCUUCCUAAAUCUAUACCGACCUUUUAGUUUUCGGCCAUCUCCACUGUCGGAGUGAGGACACAAAAAAUUGGAAGAAAACACCUCGAAUCCUGCUUGAGUACCAUACGCCCAAUUGUAUGAACAUUGAGUUUUCUAAUUUCAGGUUAACCCCACCCGUCUCAUCUAUCCUGUCCCUCCCCCUUACACACCUUUUAUCUCCCAUUCCCUCUGUCCCCUUCACCCAAUGUAUUUCCUCUCCUCCAUCCACUCCUCUUCCACUGCUUCUUGCUCAAUGUCGCCUAUUUUCCAAUUCCCCUUCCUCCAUUUCCUUCUCAGUUACUAUCUCCACCCAUCUGUCCCCACCUAACUUAUCUGCCAAUCACCCCCUCGCCUGAUUCCACCGAUCACUUGCCAGUUCUUGCUCCACCCGUUUGCCACAUAUCUCCCUAACACCUUUCACCCCUCUACUUCACCAAUCUAAGAAGGGUCCCGACCUGAAACGUCAUCUAUCCACAUCCCCCCAGAAAUACGGCCUGGCCUGCUGAGUUCCUCUUAUGGUUUGUUUUUUGCUUUGUUAAUUCUUCUGGUUGACUAUCCAAGAUAUGAACAUAUAACGUAUAGCACAGGAGCAGGCGCGUAGACCCACAAUGCUGUAUUGAACAUAAUCUCUACUCCCUCCCUACC